UCUGCUUAUUCGCAGUCACACGAAAACAUAACCCUCAUGCGUUCCUUCUUGCCAGUAUGUUUUGUUAUUGUAAUUGUAAUUCGUAAUCAGCGAGGGGACGGGUUCCGCUGACUUUCGCUGAACUGGAAAAACUGUAUUAUGAUCCGUUGCAUCUUCAAAGAAGGUUGUCACUUUGUUGCAUCCAAAACUAGAGUGUCCAAUUGGAAAAAGCAGACGAUGACUUCUCUCAACUUAAGCACAACAGCCACUACUGUCCCCACAGCAGGCAUUAUAGUUAUAGGUGACGAAAUAUUAAAAGGUCAAGUUAGAGAUACAAACUCCUCUUUUAUCAUCUCAAAACUUUAUGAUAUUGGUGUCCGGGUCUUGAAGGUAUCAGUCAUUGGUGAUGACGUUGAAGAAAUAUGCAAUGAGGUUCGCAAAUUCUCUCAUCUUUAUACAUAUGUCAUUACAUCUGGUGGCAUAGGACCAACACAUGAUGAUGUAACUUUUGAAGGUGUUGCUAAGGCAUUUAGAGAAAAUGUGUUCCCCCAUCCAGAACUUGUAAAAAUUUGUUCAGAAUUUUAUAAUACAACAAAUUUAUGUUCACCCGCAAUGAAACUUGCACAUGUACCCAAAUCUGCAAGACUUAAGUAUGGAUUUGAUCCUGUCCAUCAAUGCAGAUCAAAGUAUCCAAACAUCUCUGUGCAAAAUGUUUAUAUAUUCCCUGGUGUUCCACCUCUCCUAGAAAAAUCAUUCACAUUGCUGUGUGAGGAUUUGUUUGGUGGUGGAGCCAAAUUUCACAAAUCCGAUUUAUUUGUGAACCAAGAUGAAGUAUCAAUUGCAGAAAUUCUUUCUAAAGCAGUUCAAGAGUUCCCAUCAGUCUCAUUUGGUUCCUAUCCCCAACUUCCUAACAGUUACUACAAAGUGAAACUCACUAUUGAGAGCAACAACCCUGAACUUCUGUCUAAGGCUGUUAACAGGUUGAGGGAACUCCUUCCUACUGAUUGUUUAGUUGAAUUCGAUCCUGAACCUCUUAAAUUUUCUAUGACCAAAAUUGAAAAUGUAUGUCUAGAGGAUGGAAUGGAUCAUGCAAAUGCUGCCCUUCAAGAUGUUGUUCUGGCUCUCUCCAGGUCAAGAAUGGAGGAGGUAGUUCUAUGCAUUGAUGCAAGUCUCACUGGAGUAGUAACUUUGCACUUUGUACAUGCAGUGUGGAAAAAAAUGGAGAGAACAGAUUUGAUCGCAACAAUUCUUAUUCAAAACCCAGAUUUUGUUAAGCAGUCCAAUUUUCUUCAGGAUUUAGUAUCCAGAUAUUCGUUACGUAUCAUAGAUGAGCAAAGUGAAAUAGAGGCUGCCCUACGUCAAGUGCAUGCAUCUAAUAAGAAUCUACAGUUGCUGGUAGUGGGUUGCAAGUGCAACCAGUCAGCACUAGCAGCGGACCUGACUUCUUUGUAUGGCAGAGAAAGCAUCUCUCUGCUGUCUCCCUUUUCAUCGUGGAGUGAAACUCAAAUUCUUCAGUUUGUCAGGAAGCUCAGUUUACAAUAUGUAGUGGAUUGUGGUAGUUAGUAAAGACAACUGGUGCUUCA